GACAGUUGCUGCACGUUGUUUUGUUUUCUUUUUGUUAUAAAAACUUCGGUCGGUUCAGUUCAAUUUUUAAAUAUUUUCUAAAAUGGAUAUGGAUUCGGCACUUGAGCAAUACUUUCAAGAGUAUCAGGAUCUUGAAAUCCAUGAUCUCAUGCUCAAAGACAGACCUCGACAGGAGGCUUAUUGCAAAGCUAUCUCCAACAAUACAAAACUUUUCAAAGACAAAAUCGUCUUAGACGUUGGUGCUGGAACAGGUAUUCUUUCGGCUUUUUGUGCCAAAGCUGGAGCCAAAUUAGUCUAUGCUGUGGAAGCAUCAGAUUUAGCCAAAAUCGCCCUGGAGGUAAUCGAGGAAAAUGAACUGACAUCCGUGGUGAAGGUGAUAAGAUCCAAAAUCGAAGAUUUUGUUCUUCCUGCUUCGUUGGGCAAAGUAGAUAUCAUUGUUUCCGAAUGGAUGGGAUUCUUUUUACUCCACGAAGGAAUGCUGGAUUCAGUGAUAUAUGCUAGAGAUAAAUUCCUUAAGGAAGGUGGUGUUAUGUUCCCUCAGGAGGCAACAAUCAUAGUUGCACCAUGUUCAGUGCCAAGUCUGUAUAAGUACUACAAUGAUGUCGAUGGAAUUAAAAUGACCAAGUUUGCCAAAAGGCUACGUGAACAAAAAUCUUCAAAACCAGAAAUAUGUUGCCUCAAAAAGGAGGACCUUCUCGCUGAAGGAACAGUUAUGCAUUUUAUGAAUUUGGAAGAAGUCACACUUGAGGAAAUUGAAGAAAUCAAAUUUGAAUCGUUGGUUCCGAUCGAAUAUCCUGGUCGCUUUGAAGGUAUUUGCAUUUGGUUCGAAGUUCUAUUCCCAGCCGAAGCUCGAGAAGACUGCGUUAUUUUGUCCACUGAACCACAAUCGCCGGCGACACAUUGGAAACAAUGUGUUGUUGUGUUUUCAGAUGAUGCGUGCUUAGAUGUCGAAAAAGGAGAACCUGUGAGUUAUUUCAUUACAAUGAAACGCAAUCCAGAGAAUGCGCGGAGAUAUAAUUUGGAAGUGGAAGUCAAGGAUCCUGAAAAAGUCGAACAUCCUAUGCCGUGUGACUGCCAUAUGACGAAGUGCAUUCUGAUGAAGGCACAUUUCGAUAGAGUAAUGGCAGGAGAAAUGGUCGUCGAUGAAGAUGAUGGAGUUCAAGUGGAGAAGAGUGAAAAGAUUGAAUGAUUUGACUGAAGAUGAAUUUAUAUCAGGUUUUAGUUUGUAGUUUGAAAAAGUUUGUAUAUAAAUGUAUGUACGUUGAUUUUAUAUUAAAAAUACAACAAAACAAAAUAAAAUACAAAAUUUAAUAAAAUGUA